AAUAGACGGUUUACUCUUAACUGCGCUACCAAGUGAAUUUGAAAAUUUGCGAAAAUGGUGAGACUGCUGGUGAAGAAAAUUACUGAUAAUCAGUUUCUCUACGAUACAACUGUAGACUCAAAGAUUGAUGAUAUAAUUAAGGAAAUAACCAUCAUUCACAAUGGUCGUUUGAAAGUUACUCGACUAACUUACGAUUUAGAAGAAUUAGCCAAUCAUGGCACGAUGUUGCCCCAGAAUAUGCAGGGGUUAACCGAUGAGCAAAUUGAAGAAUUACACUUGGUCGACGAAUGGGGUGAAAAAUGUUGCCCUUCUGGAGGGUGGACAUUUAACAAAGAUAUAAUGGGUGAGUGGUUUCUGACGUUAAAUAAAAAAGUGUGCUAGAUAGAAAAAUUUUUUUUGACAGGUCGAAGAAACGGUAAGCA